AAAAAAAAAAAAAAACUCUCAAAGCGUUCCCGGCGAUUGGCAUUGCAAUUAAGAAACCCAAUCCCAACGAGAAAAUAAAGAAUUUUUCUUCAAGAAAGUUGAAGAAGCAAAAGAUAUUAUAUUCUCAGAGGAAGUUGAGAGAAAGAGAUCUCUUUUUUUUUUGGUUUAAAGUUUGAGCUCGCGCUGUGUUUUGGAUGCGAUCAAUGGUAUAUUCUGGUGACAGAGAGAUGGCGAUGGGACCUGAGAGAUCAAAGCCUCUUCACAAUUUCAAGCUGCCAUGUUUGAAGUGGGGCAACCAGCGGUAUCUCAGGUGUAUGAAACUUGAUGAUGCUUCCGCCGCCACCGACUCAUCCUCCUCUGCCGUUGAUCAUAAUCAUCGUCUUCGUCCUAUGUUUCAGAGACGCCGAUCUCCCCCAUCGAAAUUUGAGAGUUUGAUGGCUAGUGGAAUGCGGCGGCGGGAAUCGGAGUCGUCUCCGAGCAACAACGAGAGCAACGAUUACGGAAGGGAGCGGCGAUUGAGGAUAUCCAAGGGAGAGGCGUCGGAGGGGAUCGAGGCAGUUAGGGAGAAGAUCAUGAAUGAUCUUAAAACGGCGGCGGAUAAGAUCAAAGAUGCAAUUUUCAGAGACGAAGUGUCCGACGAUGAUGAGGAUGAAUUUGAAGAGCCUAAACAGAAAGUGAAAGAAAAACAGGCAAUUAAAGAGAAAGAGAGGAGAGAAUUGCCCGCAGUAGAGAUGGAGGCGAGGCCGUGGAAUCUCAGGACCAGGGGUGCCACGUGCAAGGUUCCGAUUGACGGAGAAGUAACAAACAAUAAUUAUAGUUCUCCGAUGAAGAAUGAGGUGAAUAAGUCAUCCAGAGUGAGAGACAGAGGACCGCCGGUGGCGUCGGCGGCAACAGCGGAGAACAAAAGGCCACGACCGAAAUUCUCGGUACCGCUAUUAAAGAAAGAGAUCGAGGAGGAUUUCAUGGUGAUGUCUGGGCAUCGCCCUCUGAGGAGGCCAAAGAAACGGGCACGUUAUAUUCAGAAGCAAUUGGAUUCAUUGUUUCCUGGUUUGUGGCUGACGGAGGUGACGGUGGAUUCUUACAAGGUUCCGGAGUCCGUUGAAAACGGCAAGAUUAGAGUCAAUCACCAAGGAGAGACGAAUGUGAAUUUAAAAAAUCUUGCCACCAGUUUUUCUCUGUUUCUGAAAAUUUCUCAACAACCAAACAAAUUAUGUUUUUUUCCUCAGCUGCUUUUGAGCUUGUUGUUCUAAUUUAAGAUCUCUGUAUUAUGAUUGAAUCUAAAUUUGUGAGCUUGACAUGUUAAUAAUCGACUUUCUGCAGAGAUAGUAAAGGGAGUUUGCAACAAGAUGUAAGAAAAAGUCUCAAGGUUUCUGCUUGCUGACUUAUGGUAGUUUUGUGACCAUAACUAGUGGUAAAGAGUGGUGCCAGACCUUUGCAAAUUGGGAAUUUCAUAUAAAUGUUGAAUUUCCCAGUAACUUUCUGGUGUAGGUUCAGUUGUUUUGAAAUGUUAAUUUUUGUUUUAUUAUGAUCUUCAUUCAUUUUUUCAUUCUCUAAAGCUGAAUAAUCUUGUUUAAAGUAAGAUGACCAGUGCCUCCUUAUUCCAUAUAGAAGUGAAUGGUUCUUCUAUGAGCUUGAUUUUCUUAUUACAAUGUUGAAUGAAUUAUAGUUAUCUUCUUUUCAUUCUGUGUCGCUAUUGCUAAACUUGAAAGUGCACCAUUUGAUAGGAUAUGCUGAACAAUUACAUUCCUGCUGCUUUCCGUUAUUGUGCUCAUUGGCAUUAUAAUGAAACAACCUUACGAGGAUGAGGAACAAAUGAUAGUAAGAUAGUGAUUCCAGCCUCCAGGGCCUUAAGCAAAAGCAAUUCGAGGCUCUAGGGCUUUAAGCAGUGGCAGAUCCAGGAUUUUUUUCUGGAUAUGUCCACUUAUAAAUAUAUAUAUAUAACUGAAGAUGCAUUUUUCA